AUGAGUAGGCCAGGAGAUUGGAACUGCAGGUCAUGCCAACACAUGAAUUUCCAAAGGCGCGAAUCGUGUCAAAGAUGCGGCGAUUCAAAAUACGGAGAUCGAGUUGAUUAUGGAUCGAUGUUUGGAGGAAUUAGAGGAGGAUCUUCGUUCGGAUUAAGUGGUUCGGAUGUUCGUCUAGGCGAUUGGUAUUGCGGUGCUGGUAAUUGUGGUGCACACAAUUUCGCUAGCCGUUUAAGUUGCUUCAAAUGUGGUGCUUUCAAAGAUGAAUUAGCUGGUGGAGGAUACAACAAUAGUGCUGAUAUUUUGCUUUCAAGAGGCUUUGGUGGAAGUACUAGACCUGGAUGGAAAUCCGGCGAUUGGAUUUGUAACAGAUUAGGGUGCAAUGAGCACAACUUUGCAAGCAGAAUGGAAUGUUUCAAAUGCAGUGCACCAAGAGACACCUACUAG